UGAUUGGAAAUAUUCUGCAGCUCGACAGUGUCGCGCCUCACAAGUCGCUUGGCCGUCUCAGACGUCGAUACGGCGAUCUGUUCCAUCUUCGAAUGUUUGGCCAGGAUGCAAUGAUAAUCGGUUCAGAGAGCGUUGCCAAGUCCCUUCUCGAUAAACGUUCCACAACCUUCUCGGGUCGUCUUUCACUGAAUGCACAUAGCGAGACGGGUCUCGACUGUAACACGGGGUUCAUUGGAUGUAACGACACUUGGCGGCUUCAUCGGCGUAUGCACCAUGAUGCGUUUCGACGUGAAGCUGUCCCGCGAUACCAUUCUUCCCAAAUGCGCAGAGUGCAUAUCUUAAUGGAUAACCUUCUUGAAAGACCAGAGCUGUUCGAGGAGCACUUACAGACGUUUUCGGCGUCAAUCAUCUUAUCCGUGGUUUACGGAUACGAGGCAACUUCAAGCACUAAUCCUCUUAUUUCCCUCGUUGAAAGAGUUGACAAGCUUGUUAUCGAGAAUAUAGUCUCAUUUGAGGUCGUUGUUGCUGCGAUUUUCCCUUUUCUCUUGAAGGCACCAACGUGGAUCCCAGACUUUGGCGUCAAGAAGAAGAUAAGUUGCAUUCGUGCACGAGUCUAUGAGGCCGCAGAGGCGCCUUUCAAAUACGCUCAAGAUGCUUUGAUGCAAGGGACCGUUGGAAUAUCUAUGGUGUCCGAUGUACUAAAAAAUUGGGAAGAUAAGAUAAAAUCCACCAACGUUGAAGAUGCACUCAAAGGAGCUGCCUUCACGGCAUAUACAGCUGACGCCGAGACGACGACUUCCGUGCUUUUGACCUUUAUGUACCUCAUGGCUGUUCAUCCAAAUGUUCAAAAACGCAUGCAGGAUCAACUGGAAGCGACUAUUGGAACGACGAGGAUGCCUGCACUUGAAGACAGGCAGUCGUUACCAUUGGUAGAUGCAGUUUUGGGGGAGACGAUUCGGUGGUCACCUGUGGUCCCUUUCAAUAUUCCACACCGAGUCACGGCUGAUGAGGUCUAUGAGGGAUUUUUCAUACCAAAAGGUUCGCCCCAUUAUAGGGAAAUAUUUUAUGACCCGACCAAAUACGUGAACCCAGAACAUUUCGACCCGGAUCGUUUCCUUCACUCAGACGGGACGUUGAAUGACGAUACAUCUUGUAACAUGAUCUUUGGAUUUGGUCGACGCGUGUGCCCUGGCCGAUAUCUCGCUGACAAUUCGAUUUGGCUGGUGAUGACGAGUAUACUCUCUAUGUUCAACAUCUCAAAGGCGGAAGGAGAAUACGGAGAGGAUAUUGAAGUCGCACCCCAGUGGGUUUCGGGAGUUACAACGUAA